UUCAAAGUUUGGUGUGGUCACACACCACGCAUGACCACACGACACACCACCAUCCACAUCAUACAGCAGUACCACACGCUCCCACAAGGGCCCACACAAGCCCCCACAUGGCUGGGCGUCCUCCCGGCAAACAAAAGAAGCGCAGCCACUUCCAAACAAGAACAGGUGGUGGUCGCAGCAGAACCACUCGCUGCGGAAGCUGCGGAUACUCCAUCACAACAUGACAACGACACGUGUUAUGAAGGAGACGAAGAGGACCACAGCAGCAGCAGCAGCCAACACAGCAGUGACAGCGACCUCGGCAGCUGUCGCUCGGGCAGCUCGGGAGAGGUCACGUAUCCAUCUAAAUAUAUGUCUCUGUAGAACAAGUGCUGCUUUUUUGCUACAUUGUUGCGGAGAGGGUGCUGAGAGGGGAGAGGGGAGGAGAAAUAAGCGCGGAUGAUCGACGGGGGUCACAACCUUGUCACUUCAGAUCAGUGAUGGACAUCGCCCGCAAAACGGGUGCCGAUGCGAUGUUUUCCGAUGUUCGCCAAAGUGGUCGAUGAUCCGAUUAUCGAUGUUUCGAUACGACAUUGCCCAGAAAAUCUCAAGCGGAUACAACAAAACUUUGCCUCCCUGUCUGUCCAAGAUCAAGAUUG